AUGAAGCUCACGAAUUCAAGUGAGAUACCGGUAUACACCGUCUCAGGUGCUUCUACUGCACGCCCUCUACCUGACUGGCUUGCUCGCAAGAGAAAGCGCAGCUUAAAAAAUGAUCCAGAAUAUGCCAAUCGUGUCGAACUUUUACAGGAUUUCGAGUUCGAAGAAGCUAGCUCUUGCAUAAGAGUUAGUGAGGAUGGCGAAUGGGUUAUGAGUACCGGCACAUACAAACCGCAGAUUCACACACACUACCUUCCCCAUUUAUCUCUUUCGUUCGCAAGACAUACCACAACUCUCAACCACUCCUUCAUUCUUCUGUCUAAUGACUACACGAAGUCGCUUCAUCUACAAACCGACCGCAGACUGGAAUUUCAUACACAAGGUGGAUGCCAUUACCAAACUCGACUACCUCGAUAUGGGCGCGACCUUGUCUACGAUAGAGCCUCAACGGAAGCAUUUAUACCUGCCGUUGGUGUCAAUGCAGAUGGUCUUGGUGAAGUUUACCGAUUGAAUCUCGAGAUAGGACGCUAUAUGAAACCAUACCAAAUCGAGGUUGGUGGUGAUGACCUUACAACUUCUGGUGGCGGUGCUUUGCAAGGAGGCAUUAAUACUGGUAGUGUCAAUUGCGCAGCAAUUGCCGAGGAAAGUCAUAACCUGAUGGCUUUCGGAACCUCAAUUGGUACGGUAGAGUUUUGGGAUUCAAGAUCCAAAGCAAGAGUAGGGAUUCUCGGUGCUCGAAAAGGGCAAAUCACUGCGCUUGAUUUCGAUAGGUCAGGUAUUUCAAUUGCGACGGGAUCCUCGGAGGGAAUUGUACAACUCUAUGAUCUUCGACGACCUGUGCCAAUAUUGACUAAAGACCAAGGAUAUGGUUUUCCGAUUAAGACUUUGAUGCAUAUGACUACAUCUUCACAGGAGAAGAAAAUUCUGUCCGCAGAUAAACGAAUCAUCAAAUUGUGGGACGAGAUGGACGGCAAAGCUUGGACUUCAGUUGAACCAGCGGUCGAUAUCAACUCAGUAGCUUGGUGCAAGAACAGUGGCAUGCUUCUCACAGCCAAUGAAGGCAAACAACAGCAUGCCUUUUUCAUUCCACAAUUGGGUCCUGCGCCGAAAUGGUGUUCAUUCCUGGAUAAUAUGGUUGAAGAAAUGGCAGAAGAAGCACCAAGUGAAACGUACGAUAAUUACAAGUUCUUGGAAAUACCAGAGCUCAAGGCGCUCAACCUGGGUCAUCUCGUGGGAACUACAAACCUUUUACGACCAUAUAUGCACGGUUACUUUGUAGCCAAUAAGCUCUAUGAGCAAGCCAAAUUAAUUGCCAAUCCUUACGUCUUCGAAGACGAGAGAAACAAACGAGUUAAGGAGAAGAUUGAGAAAGAGAGAGCUAGUAGAAUCAGAGGUGGCAAGAAAGUCAAGGUCAAUCAGAACCUGGUUGACAAAGUACUCAAGAGACAGGAACGCAGGGAGAAGGUUGAUGAAACUGCUGGAGUCUUGGGUGACUCACGUUUCGGCAAACUUUUCGAGGACGAAGACUUCGCUGUUGACGAGCGUAGCAGAGAGUUCCAGGCUCUUAACCCUAGUACCAAGGUUGGUGGUGGUGAAGAGACAAAACAACGCAAGGUAGAUAGUGAGGAUGAAUCGAGCGACGAUGAGGAAGAUGAGAUCAUUUCGAAGCCUAAGCCAGCUCCUGAGAUGCGUAUCUCUUCCUCGUCUUACAAGAAAUCCGGACAUCAACGUAAAGACAAUGCUCUGGGAGCUCGUAAGCAAGGCACUGGUCGAGUUAGUAAAAACAGGGGUGAUGUUGUUGGCGAGCGUUCAAUCACAUUUGCUCCUGCUAGCAAGAAGGAUAAGGAGAAGAUCGAGGUCAAGCCUGCAAACAGUAGAAGUAGACGGGAAGAUGCAAGACGAAGCGCCAGUGGAAAUGUUUUCAGAAGAUUGUAA